CGACGGCCGUCUCCUCCCCUCCAGCUCCGCCAUAUCUCUUCCUUUUCUCUCCUCUCCUCGCCUCGCCUCGACGGUCGGCUUCGCUUUCUCCGAUUCAACCGCAAAGGCUUUCAGCUCUCGAUCUCCGACGACGAUCAUGGGCGCCAAAGGGUGUCUCAGUUCGGACCAACUCGAGUUCUUCCGUUCUCAAGGUUACUUGGUGUUGGAAUCGUUCGCUUGCCCGGAAGAGAUCGAUGCCAUGAUGAAGAGGAUGGACCAGUUGCUCGACGACUUCGACUGCUCCACCGCCUCGAUCUUUUCUACCAAGAACCAGCAGCAACACACCGAUGAUUAUUUCUACGAAAGCGCCGAGAAUGUCUCGUUUUUCUUCGAGGAGAAAGCAUUUGGUGAUGAUGGAAACUUGAAGCAACCCAAGCAAUUGUCCAUCAAUAAAGUUGGUCACGCGCUGCACGAGCUUGACCCAGUGUUUAAGGCCUUCUCUAGCUCAGAUAAAGUCUGUGGCAUGCUGUCAUCCUUAGGUUACAGAAGGCCUAUCAUCAUUCAGUCGAUGUAUAUAUUCAAGCAACCUGGUAUUGGAGGUGAAGUAGUGCCACACCAGGAUAACUCAUUUCUUUACACAGAGCCACCUACUUGCACAGGGCUGUGGUUGGCCCUAGAAGAUGCAACUAUAACCAAUGGCUGUCUUUGGGCUAUCCCUGGAUCUCACAAGAAUGGCCUUGUGAGAAGGUUUAUUCGAGGUGAAGGGGGAGUUUCCUUUGAUCGCCCUUCCCCAACUUAUGAUACGAAAGAUUUUGUAGCAAUCGAGGUUAAAGCUGGGUCUUUAGUUCUAAUUCAUGGCGAUCUUAUUCAUCAGAGCUUUGAGAACCAGUCCUCAAAGUCGAGGCAUGCCUACAGCUUACAUGUAGUGGAUACUGAUGGUUGCAAAUGGGCGCAGUCAAAUUGGAUCAGGAGAAAAGUCGAGGCGGAGCCUCUCUUUGUAGCUUGAUCUGAUCCCACCUGUACCGGGGUUGCCAUGUGUGAGGCAAGAGAAUUAAAUCAUUGAGGCAAUCUUUUAUAAUCAAUCUGUACAUGGAGGAACUGCGUCAAUCUUCAGAGAAAUCACCAUGGUUGUCACCUUUGCAAAGUCAUAAAAUGCCCGUUUCUUUUAUCUGUAGUAUUGGGAUCUUGAAACGUUCGCUUGCGGAAUGUAAAUCUCGGACAGGUCGCAAUAUGAAUAAGAAUGAUCAACUGAAAGACCCAUUGUUGGUCUGGGAAGUACAUGAAAAAUGAUUGGAACA